UAUAUUUAUCUGGUGCUGGCACAGUGGUGACGGUCUUGCGAAGAUGAUAGUGUGCUAUGGGGAACACUCACGCUAAGCCCCAUCCUCGACCAAGAAACAAGAAACAAGUACACUGGAAAGCUGCAGUUUCAGAUGUUCAAGAAAUUCAGGCAAAUGUGGACAAUAAAAGCCCUGAGCCUUUCAAGAGUUGUGACCGCCCCUCACCACCCGGCAAACCGCGCCUCUCAUCCGACAGCGACUUAACACCCGACCUAGUGACCAUCGUCUGGUUAAAACCCAUCCGUGAUGGCGGCUCUCCAAUCACCGGCUACCUCGUGGAACACCGUCGAACAGGUUCACCCCAUUGGGUCCGCGCUGCUCCAGUUCUUAGUCCUAUCCCAGAACUUACCCUAAGUGGACUUGAACCCGGCUGGCGGUACCAAUUUCGGGUACGCGCAGAAAAUGCCGUCGGCUUAUCAGACCCCAGCGAGAUAUCCGAACCCCUUACAGUCACUCUCCAAAAAUUUGCAAUCACCGCCCCCAAGUUCACCGAAGAAUUGAAAGAUGUGACGGUGCUGGAAAACGACAAGGUGGAGUUCAUUGUCCACUUUCUGGGACAACCUCCGCCUAAAGUCUGCUGGUUCAAGGACGGGUUUGAGAUAUUCAGUAGUCGCAGGACGAGGAUUUUUACAGAGAAUGAUAAAAGUAUUUUGACUAUACACCAAAGUGCGUUAUCGGAUGAAGGAGAGAUUAAAUGUACAGCCACAAAUAAAGCUGGACAUGCUUCCACGAAAGCUAGAUUGUCUUUGGAAGCACCACCCAGUAUACGAUUGCCGCGGCAGUAUGAAGAUGGAUUGUUGUUCGAAAUUGGUGAAGUUUUACGAUUGAAAGUGUCUGUUGCUGGACGUCCGACUCCUCUGGUUUUUUGGAGCCACGAUGGAGAAACGAUUCAAAAUAACGAUCGAUAUGAAAUCGAAUACGUCGAUAAAUGCUCGAUUUUGAAGGUUGGGGAAGCUUCAAGAACCGAUAGGGGAGAGUACCAAAUUAAGGCUGUCAAUAAAAUAGGGGAAGAUAUUACUUCGUUCUUAGUUACAAUAACCGACAAGCCGUCUCCUCCUGGUAAAGCCAGGGUUGUUAUGACUCUCGGAAGAUCAGUUACUUUGUCUUGGAGCAUCCCUGACGAUGACGGUGGUUGCAAAAUCGGUAACUAUAUUAUAGAAUAUUACAGGUUAGGGUGGAACGUUUGGCUUAAAGCAGCCACCAGUAGGCAACUAACCACGAUCUUGGGAGACUUGAUUGAAGGGAGCGAGUACAAAUUUAGAGUGAAAGCAGAAAGUCCAUAUGGAGUGAGUGAACCUAGCGAAGAAUCUGAUAUUGUUUUUAUACCAGAUCCCAAGAGAGGCAUAACUUCGCCCCAAGCACGUAGCAGAAGUCAACCCAAAGACAUUAUUGAUGAAAUUGCAGCCCCUAUUGCCGCCAGGAGAAAGAAAACUCAACCCAGAUCCCAAUCUUCUACCGCCAAAGUCGAAGCUUUUACUACCAUGUGUGAUGAAACUCCAAAACGACCAGACAGGAAUCGAAUUAAAAGUCCACCUAAAACGCCUGAUCUUUCUCCUAAAGCUACUAGGAAAGAGUUCAGUCAACAAACUCUUAUUGACAGAGCGUCUUUAGCCCGUGAACUAGCUUACGGAAGCCCGGAAAUCAAGGUCAAGAAAACCGAAGUAGAUUUACCAAAAUCGAACUAUAUCAGAACUAGCCCUCCUGAAAGACCGCCUCCUGCUCCUGCUGUUGUUAAAUCUCUAAGUCCCCCACCUGCACUUAAACCUAAAAGUCCUAGUCCGUCACCACAACCCAAAACACCAAGCCCGAGUCCCUCGCCUCAACCUAAAACACCCAGCCCAAGCCUUUCGCCCCAACCUAGAACUCCCAGUCCCAGUCCUUCUCCUUACCCUAGAACUCCUAGUCCAAUCUCUCCACCUCCACCUAAAUCACCUAGUCCAAGUCCCGCACCCGUCGCUAAAACCCCCAGCCCCAAAUCGUCUCUCGUAAACGAAGACAAAAACAAAACACCAAGCCCCAAAGACAAGCGCAGCUUUCUUCGUGAAAAAUCGGAAACUUUCGAAGAAAGUUCCGAGUUUAUGUUAGUUCUGUAUCCGGACCGUCAAGAAAAAGGUUCAGGCCAACGGAGGUCUUCUCAAAACAUAGCGUUUGAUUUUGACGAAUUCGAUAUUCCACCUCCGAUUUCCUUAUCUGCACCAGAACUGGGAGUGGAACCACCAAUUUUCGAAAAUCUCAAACCUUCAGCAAGUUCCACCGAGUUGUUACACGAGCGCGCCAUGAUGAGGUUCAACGAAGCUGCAGCCGCUGAAGAAGAAGAACUACGGAAACGCAGGAAGUUCAGUUAUGACGGUCAACACACUAUUGAAAUACCGAAAAUACAAAUCAACUCGAAGGAUGAUACGGAUAUCGUUGGACUUGAACGGAAACCAUCCCGGCGAAGAUCUUCAGGAAGUGUCGUCCAACAACAACUUCUAUGGGCGCAAAAAAGGUUCAGUUUGAAGAAUUCGGGCGACUUGACUGAAAUGGUAGAAAACAAACGACAAAAGUCGCCGAAACCUAACACCAGUCCAGACUCGACGAAAAAAGAAAUGGUGCGGCAAAGAUCCGAAUCCGAAGAACGCGAAGAAGAAGAGUUCGAAAAAGUGAGAACUAAAAUGGCACUCAAAGGUCAGUCGAGUUUUGAAAAACGCAGCAUCGAAGUCGUGGAUGAAGACAAGUGGAUGGAAGAUUACGAAGAGAGUUUAUCGGAAUCGGAAACUGAAUCUUCGGAGGAUGAACGAAACUAUGAAGAAAAGCCGCCACCACGAGCGUACAGCGAUGAAGAUGAAGAUACGUACCAUCCAGGGUUCAUGACUGGACCACGACAGCUUUCAGCAAAAGACGAACCUUUUGAAAUCUUAACAAAACGCAACAAACUGCCUGACCCGAAUUUUGUUCCAAAACCUAUUUUGAAGAGAACGGAAGAAAAGGUGGAACCCGUUAUUAAAGAAACACCGAAGGAGGUAGUGAAAGAAACACCAAAGGAGAUACUUAAGGAAACAGCUUCUGCAAAAACGCGUUCUCACUCUCCUAGACCACAAUUUAGACAGCCGCAGGAUAUCACAAGAGAACGGUCCCAGUCAUUAGCGCAGCCAACACUGGGACCAGGAGUAUCGAAUAAAAUUUUCCAAAGAUCGUUUUCAGUUAGUGAGACGGAAAAGGCUAACAUACCGCAAAACUUAAUGCCUUCGUCUAAUAUUGCACCGGGUCAAAACAUAUCAGCGGUAGCUACACUUUGUGGAAUCACGGCUGCAAGUAUCGUAAUUCCACAGGAACUAUUACGGAAGAAAACAGACGAAGAGGAAGCCAAAGUUGUCGUCGAUCAUUAUAUGGAUAUUGUGAGAAAUUAUGGACAAAGAAAGAGGAGCAAUCCGCAAAUUAUCACUAACUGGAAAACUAUUGAUGAACCAAAGUCGACUCAGAGAAGUUGGGACGCUCUUGAAGACACAGAAGACAAAGAAGAUACAACUCCAUUAAAUAAGACAAUGGAAGAACCUAAACCAGUCCAGCAACCUUGGAAAGCGCCUGAAGAAAUCCCCAAACCUGUUCAGACACCGUGGAGAAGUUCCGACAUUAAAGAACAAGUACCAUUAAGACCCAUGCAACCUACAUGGUUAAAUCUCCAGGAAAAAGAACCUUCUCCACCACCAGUCAAGCAAGAACCACUACAAAUAUCAAACACUAUUAAACCUUAUAAACCUGAAACGGUUCAAAAAAGAAGCGACAGAAGUCCGUCGCGUUCACCUUCUCCUCACAGAGUCCUUCCAAGUCAGCAGCGUGGCAGAAGUAUGCAGGAAGGACGUCGUAGAAUUUCCACAAGAUCAAAAACACCCACAAAAUCCCCGUCAAGACUAGAAAAUUGGUCCGGACGUUCGCAGAGAAAAUCUUCACCUUCUCCCAUGAAAGUAAAGACCACCACUAGAAGAACACCAUCGCCGUCUCCAAUUCCACUCGCUAAACCUAAACCGAAAUUGAAGGAAAUCAUGACGCAAACCUCUAUCGGACUGGAAUUAAAUUAUUCCAGUGAUUCCAGAACGUCGACCCCGAACGACAAGCGCCAAGAAGAAUUGCUGGCAAAAGCAGAGUUUAAAGUCAAGAGUUUCGUUGAUUAUCUUACAGAUUUGGCAAUGUUUGCUGUUGCUUGCUGGUUGUAUUUAUUCAGUAACGAACUUUUGGCAAUCCCUGUUUUGUUGGUUAUGGUUUACAGACAGUUGAAGAAUGAAAUUGGAAAGCGAAUACCCAAAUGGAUUGUGCGACGGUUCAAUAAAACAAAAACGACAAAAAAAUAAAUGUCUUUUCGAAAA